CUCAGCCACGCCCCCAUACUGUCACUGCUUCAACACUGAAAGCGGAAACUCCAUCCUGAGACUGAAGUCCGCCUGCAACACUUCCUCGUACACGUGCACUUGCUGCCUCUGUGUGUGAGACAACCAGCUGAGCUGAGCCCUUUGCUUAGAGGCUCUGGCUGCACAUCAGCAGCACAUCUGGGACCUGAGGCCCCUGCAGCCUAGGAGAACAUGGAGCAGCAGCCUCCAAACACACGCCGGAGCUUCAGCUUCUCCUCACUGCGUGUCAAAAAGAGACACAACAGUGAAGACGGGGGGGGAUUUUUUCGCAGGAGGGGGCUGCACUCCUUUUCAUCUGCCCGGGAGUCAUCCAGGAAAGAAUCCGUCCCAGAUGAAGAUGUUGCUCUGCAGCACAAUCCUCCUCCAGACUGGCAGAAUGAGUCAGGUGCCACCCCAGUGACAAAUGAACACGAUGAUGGACCACAGGGGGCCUUCAAGAGGAUCAGCACCAUGUGGUCCUCCUUCCGCAGAGGCAUACGAGAACGGAGCAAAGUCGAAGAGCCAGAGCCCACAGAGCCAGUAGGCCCGACCGCAGCGGACAGCACCUCCAAGCAGCAACGGUACGCCAGUGGACAGUACUUCUUUGAGUAUUUGGUGGUGGUCAGCCUGAAGAAGACCAAAGACAGCAACAGCUAUGAGCCUCAGAUCACCUACCAAUUCCCAAAGAGAGAUGGGAUGGUGAGGAAGCAGAAGGAGGAGGAGGAGAAGACGUUAAAAGCCAUCACCCUCUUCUGUUUCCCAGAGGGCAUCAGCUGGGCUCCUUUGACAGAAUACCACAGUGAGACCUUCUCCUUUGUUCUGACGGAGAUCGACGGCAGCAGAAGGAACGGCUACUGCAGGAGGCUGCUGCCAGGAGGUAAAGGAGCUCGCGCCCCGGAGGCAUACUGCAUCAUCAGCACACUGGCCUGUUUUGGCCUCUUCUCAAAGAUUUUUGAUGAGGUGGAGAAGCGAAGGCAGAUCUCCAUGGCCAUGAUCUACCCGUUCAUGCAGAAACUGAGAGAGGCAUCAUUCCCAGCUCCAGGACACACGGUGGAGAUCAAGAGCUUCAUCCCAGAGUCAGGGACAGAGAUCAUCCGGCUGACCCGACCCUUGGACUCUUGGCUAGAGCACGUAGACUUCGCCACGCUCUUCAAUUGCCUGACAGACGAGGAGGUGCUGUUGGUGUUUGCUGCUGCUGUGCUGGAGAGACGCAUAGUUUUUAUCGCCAAUGAGCUUAGCAUACUGUCUCAGGUCAUCCAUGCGGUGGCUGCGCUACUGUACCCCUUCACCUGGCAGCACACCUUCAUCUCCAUCGUUCCAGAAAUCCUCAUUGACGUGGUGAUGGCGCCGACGCCCUACCUGCUGGGGGUACAAAAGCACCUGUUGGACCUGGUCACCGACCAGAGCGACCUGCUGGUGGUGGACGUGUCCCAGAACAAACAAGAGACCUUCCUUGUGUCUAUUGGAGACGAGGCCUCCAUCCUGCCCCCAAAGCUAAAGGCGGAGCUCCUGGAGGUGCUGAGUGGCCGGCAGAAAGCCUCUGGAGUGGAGGAGCUAAACAGGGUGGUGUCAGACACUUUCUUGCACUUCUUCGUGAGGACAGUUGGUCACUACGCCUCCUUCAUCAAAUACAGCGCCACAGGGGAGCUCGGUGUCUUUGACAGGAGGGCCUUCUGCAAGGCCAUUGACUCCAAGACCACUCGACACUUUGUAAAGAAAUUCACCCAGACACAGAUGUUUGACCUGUUCAUUCAGGAGGCGGAGCAGCAGCAGCCUGGACCACGGCAGGGUAUAUUUCACCAUAAGAUCCGGGAAUUUCAAGACAAGAAGAAAAAGGAAAAAACAAAGAAACACUAGCGUGGGUGUUUGUGUGUGUGUGCUUCAGUGAUGUGGUGAGCUGGUAAGAAAUAAUGUGAAUGUUGUGUCAGUGUGGGGCCCCUCUAGAAUCCACAUGUGGGGUUGUUCCUGUUGGAUGUGCAGCUGCUGCUAAGACUGAAAAUCUAACGCCUUCAGGAGUUUGUCUCCUGCAGAAGUGGACUCCAUUGUGCCAGACUGCUGAAAAAUAUGAAAAGGUUUUUGGAAAAGCCGACCCUUCAAAGUGUCUUCCAGAAGGAUUUGAGCCACAGUAGAAGGAACUAUGUGCUUCAAUAGAAAUCAGCUCAGACGUUUCCUUCUUUACCUCCUCCGUCCUCUGUGGACGAAACAUUUCUGUGCUCUCAACCUCUAUUUUAGCCAAGAGGAGUGACUGCAACCCCCCCCCCCCCCCCAAUCCCCAGUGCCAGGAAUUGCUAGCACCGUAAGAAUGACCACUAUGUGCUGAAACCUAAUGCUAGCAGACAAAACCACAUUUUGACUGAUGCAUCACUUAAAGAAAUUUAAAAAAAUUCUAUUGUUUUAGUCUCUUUUGGGGGGGUUUCAAAUGCACAGAAAAUGAGUGUGUGUUCCCAUUUUAUGAUGACUGCAGUCUUCUCCCUGAAACUAGAGGGAAGAAAGAGUCCUGAACUCGUUUGGCUGUCAGUGACACAGAAGCUGCAGAACUCGCUCGGCUUUGGGGAACGAUUGGACACUGAUGAAACCUCGUCGUUUUCUUGUUACCAGAGAAACCUGGUUUGACAGAAAUGAAGUCCUCAUAAACUAGAAAAGCUGACUUUAGUCAGCUAUGAUGGAAAAUAUCAUAGCAGGUGGAGUCUGUGCACAAACUAAUGCAAUCAUAUCAGAAAACAUUUUAAUGAACUGGAGACCUGCUGUACCCCGCCCCCUACUCCUGUGGUAGCUAGAAUCUACCCCAGUGACGCCCCUCCCCCCAACUGUACAGGAUAAUGUGGGUGUAGAUAAUAGUUGGAUGGAAAUAAAGUUUAUAUUUUCUGCUUUUUA